UGUAAUGAAUGUGCGCAUGCGUUGCAUAUUUUUGACAGCGAUGGCGGACGAUAUUUCAAACAGUGCAUAAUAGGUCCAAGAAAUUGUACUGUAUUCAAUUAUUUGAACUCAUAUUUUUAGAUAAGAUCACGUGAAUGUACAACUACUACAGUUAAAAUGCCUAAGCUGAAACCAAGCACAAGUGCUGAGUGCGUGAAGGUGGUGGUCAGAUGUCGACCUUUGGAUGAGAAGGAAAUUCGAGAUGGACAUGAGCGAAUUGUGGACAUGGAUGUAAAUAAAGGAACAAUCACCAUUCAUAACCCAAAAGGGUCCAAUUCUGAGCCCCCCAGGAACUUCACCUUUGAUGCUGUGUAUGACUGGAAUUCCAAACAAAGAGAUCUAUAUGAUGAAACGUUUCGAGAUCUUGUACAGUCAGUGAUUGAGGGAUUCAAUGGGACAAUUUUUGCCUAUGGUCAAACAGGCACAGGAAAAACAUUCACAAUGCAAGGUCCAAAGAAUGACCCCGAGUUACGAGGUGUGAUACCCAAUUCUUUUGACCACAUUUUUCAACACAUUGCCAGGACUCAGAAUCAGCAGUAUCUGAUCAGGGCAUCGUACCUGGAGAUUUAUCAGGAGGAGAUCAGAGACUUGCUGGCCAAAGAUCACACAAAAAGACUAGAGCUCAAAGAACGACCAGACACCGGAGUUUAUGUUAAGGAUCUCUCUUCAUUUGUCACAAAGAGCGGGAAGGAAAUAGAACACGUGAUGAACGUUGGAAACCAAAAUCGAGCUGUUGGAGCUACAGACAUGAAUGAACAUAGCUCCAGAUCUCAUGCGAUCUUCAUCAUCACUAUAGAGUGUAGCACGGAGGAUGAUGAAGGAGAAAAUCACAUCAGGGUAGGGCGGCUGAAUUUGGUAGAUCUGGCAGGAAGUGAAAGACAGUCAAAGACUGGGGCUACAGGAACAAGAUUGAAAGAAGCCACCAAGAUUAAUCUUUCAUUGUCAGCUUUAUGCAAUGUUAUUUCUGCAUUGGUGGAUGGCAAGAGUACUCACAUCCCAUACAGAGAUGCCAAGCUGACCAGGCUCCUACAGGAUUCCUUGGGAGGCAAUGCCAAAACUGUGAUGGUAGCCAACAUUGGUCCAGCUAGUUAUAACUAUGAUGAAUCACUCAGUACACUAAGGUAUGCCAACAGAGCCAAAUCCAUUAAAAAUAAACCCAAGAUCAACGAAGAUCCAAAAGAUGCCUUGCUAAGGGAGUUCCAGGAAGAAAUUGCAAGGUUAAAGGCUCAUUUGCAGAAGAAGGGUGGUCCGAAGAAAGGUAAAGGUGGCAAGAAGAAGAGGCGGCACCGAGAGACUGCUGAUGGGGAGAUAAUCAGUGAAUCAGAUGAUGAGUCUGACGAGGAGGGGGAAGAGGGGGGUGGUGGUGAUGAUGAGGAGGUGUACAUGAAGGAGCAACAGGAAAAAUUGGAAAAACAAAAAGAAGCCAUCCUCAGCAAUCAGUCCAUGUUACAGGUGGAGAAAGAUCGCUUGUUGAAUGAAGUCCACGACAGAGAAGAAAAACUGAACAAAGAAAAGCAAGCCCGAGAUGCCCUGGCUGUCAAAAUUAAGGCCAUGGAAAGCAAGCUUCUGGUAGGAGGAAAGAACAUAGUGGACCACACAAAUGAACAACAGAGGGCGCUAGAACAAAGACGACGGGAAAUUUCAGAUCAGAAGAAAAGGGAGAGAGAAAUCCAACAGAAGUUAGAGGAGAGAGAGGAAAAAGCAGUAGAAAUGGAGGAAGGCUUCCAAUCUCUACAACAGGAGGUGGAAAUCAAGACCAAGAAAUUGAAAAAGCUAUUUGCAAAAUUACAAGCUACAAAGCAGGAGAUCGCUGACAUCCAGGAAGAACAUUCUAAAGAAAGACAGGAGUUGGAACAGACUCAGAUGGAACUGACCAGGGACCUCAAACUCAAAAUGCUGAUCAUUGAAAACUUUAUUCCUCCUGAGGAGAAAGUCAAGCUUCAGAACAGAGCUCGAUACAAUGAAGAUGAAGAUCAAUGGGACUUGAUUCCACUGGCCAACAAAAGUGCACAAACUAUGGCCAAGAGACCCGUAUCAGCCCUGGGAAACAAGCGACCGGUGUCCGAGUAUGCCCGGGUGGCGGGAGCAAUGGGUGGACACCCGAGAUUUAAGGGAGAAAACAUUAUACUAGUUGAACUGGACAUGCCAAACCGCACCACACGAGAUUAUGACGGACCUCAGGUGGCGCCUAAGAUUCAGGCCGCACUGGAUGCAGCUCUGAUGGAUGAGGAAGACAUCGACAUUGAAGGAGGAACUCCAAGUGUGUUUAGCAAUAAGAAAUCCAAAAAGAAGGAAUCAAGGAUUGCAAAAUUAAAACAGAGCAGGAAGGAGCAAGCACCAUUGUAUCCCUCAGCCAGGGGCCUGGUAUCCAAGUGACCUCACAGAAUCCACCAAGUGACCUCACCAUUAGACCUACAAAGUCUUUCUCUUCCCUCAACUUGUGUAAACACACUUUCUUUACUGGUAGAUAGACCUCUGAUCUGAUUUUGAUGAUCUAUAGGAGCAAGGAUUUGAGGGCAUUUUACAGAUCAACACCCAAACAAGGGAUAUUAUUUAUGUGUAAAUGUUUAAAACACAAUGCUGACCAGCACAAUGUAUUAUUCUGGAGUCUUUGUGGAGCUCUAGGCUGUUUUAUCAUAGUGCAUAGUAAUCUGUUCAUGACAUUUGUAGAAAUCAGUUGCUUGAUGGCAGCACAGUCUGUGAUAUUGCAAAACAUGUAAUUUAUGUGAAUUGAUGGCCAUUGUUGAGUCUGCUGUUUGUCAGUUCUACUGAAGUUUACAAUGUAGAAAUCCUUUUUGUUUUCAUGCAUAUCUGUUGUUCAAGUAUCUAAAUAUAUUUAAUCUAAUUAUUCACUUGAUUAAGUGUUCAGAUUUUAUCAUGGUUUUAGAAGAUUUUAUUUCUUCCAAUAUUGAGCAGUAUUCCUGUCCUAGAUUAUGGAGAUGAUGCCGUCCAGAAUUUUGAUCUUAAGUUAUGUACAUGUGUAUAUUCUUUAUGACUGGUUGUAGUGUUGUUUUUGUGUGACAUGUUUUACACCCCACCAAGCGUUAAAAUUUUACUUGUAAAAAACCAAAAGUACAAAAAGUGAUGACUAGUAAGUCAAGAUGACAGACCUCCACACUACAAAUGUGGAAAUGCAUUUUAUUUACAGUAGAUCUGAGCAGCUUCAUUUAAAAUAUCAUUUUGUAGGAUUUAUAACAUUGAUUGUAUUUAAUGUUAAUUUAUGGCAUUUGAGAGUUUGUUGGUUAUAAGGUCCUUGAAGUAUUUUUUUUUUUUUUUACGUAGAAAUGUAAAGACUUUACAGUCAUGUGAACAAUAUUUGCUUUGUUUAUUAAAAAUGCAUUAUCACCAGUGAUUAUGUAAUGUCUCAAAUGAGCUUAAUGUUCCAGCAGGCAUCGUGCAUGUAAACAUUUCCUUCCGAGAAUAAUUAGUGGGAAAGGCAAUGCAAAAGGGAUUAUCGCGAGUUUUUAUUAAUCACAUUGCCAGCUUGAUUAUGGUGUCAAAUUGUUGUCCAAUAUUUGCAUUUUUGUAGACUUAUUGUCUGUUGGCUUUACUCAUUGUUCUAUUGAAAAGCAAUGCUGGUUGUGAAAGUUUUAAUUACUUAAUGAAUUCCAUGAACAAGUUUA